AUGAAAUCCCAUCCUACAUCAGCCGAAACCAUCGUCAUCCCGAGUCCUCGUCACCAAGCCGUCGCCCGCUUCAGCCCUUCCCGCAAAAAGCAAUGGCAGCAUCGCCAACGAGCCAAGUGUGCCAGAGUCGAAAGGGGUUUUUUUUUUUUUUUUUUUUGGCAUUGUCCGACCCUUGGAGAUUUUGAAAAGCCCUCGCUGUUGAAAGGAAUUGAAACCGAAAGCCCUGCUUCUAACCCUGAUUCAGCCCCUGGCCCGUCGGCCAUCCCUGCGGCGAGCAUCCCGUUGCCGUUGCCGGGGCUUUCAACGCCAAGAAACACUCAAUCAUACCCUCUGUGCCUCUGGCCCCUGGCAGUCACGCACGACGCAAGACCCCGAAGGACCCCGAUCGGUCACCCGGGUCGGCCAUGCCACUGCAUCGAGCCUCGAAUGGGACAUCGACCGCAUCGCUCUGAGGUUUUGGCUGGGGGUCAACAACGACAGAGAUCUGCACACCACAACACAACAAUCAAAAGCCGUUACAAAAGAACCUUCUAG